AUGGCUUCGAUGGCAAUGUGGGGAUCAGACCCUGACUACCGCACCUGGCCGCGAGUCUUCUGGCGGUCUUCUCCCGACUUAAAGUCCUGGUCAGACGUCGUAUGGGGCGAACCGUACGGCAUCGACCCCCAUCUCUUCCGUGACCCAGCAUCCGGAAAGGACUACCUGACCAUGAUGGGCCUGCAAAACGGAUAUAACCAGCUCUGGGGUAUCAGCCAAUGCGAGGUCAACCUGAAGACCGGCUGGUGUGUCGGUCCGUUUCGCAAUAUCUGGAAUGGCACGUUGCCCCUAACCGCGAAAGGACGACCAGAAGGCCCGAAACUAUUCUUCAAGGACGAGUACUACUACCUCUUGAUCGCGGAGGGGGGCACAGGCGCCUCUCAUAGAGCGACCAUCGCGCGAUCAAAGUCCCCCGAAGGCCCGUGGGAGUCCUCCCCAACUAACCCGCUGAUCUUCAACGGUGCGAAUCUCAACUUGACCAUCGGUUCGACGGGCCAUGCCACGUUUGCGGACACGCCCGAUGGACGCUGGUUUGCGACGCUGCUGGCGCGACGCAACAUUGGCGACUGGUCCCUGGGCCGGGAAACGUUCUUUGUCCCUGUCACCUGGAAGGAUGGCUGGCCGACCAUGAACGGCGGGGAGGUCUUGAUGCCCAGCCAGAGUUUCGAUUACGCCCCAGAUCAGAAGUGGCCUCCGAAACCGUUUGAAGACCACUUUACCGGCCCGCAGCUGGGAAAGAGCUGGUAUCAGCUGAGAUCGCCAUACACUCAAAACUAUCGCGUUGGUAAAACGCGCACAGGCGGGACAGGCGUCAUUUUUAUGCCGAAUGUCUUCACCCUGAGUGACCGCGACUCGCCUGCUGCAAUCCUGCGCAAGCAGACGUCGUUGAACAUGACGUUUUCUGCCACGCUGCUUCCGACGGACAGACGACUGGGGAAGCACCAGUCAAUCGGGGCUGCGGUGUACAGCAGUGGCGAGGCACAUGUUGACUUUGGUCUGAGAGGUUGCGCGAACUCGACCGGCAUGUGCUUAUUUAUUGACCAGACUGUGGAUUCGCCGGGACCGGGGACGCCUCCUGUGACAACGGAGCAGCCGCUGGAGCUUGCUUCCAUACCACGCAACUUCACACUACAUAUCCGGGCGAAAUUCGACACGUAUAGACUGGGCUAUUCUACCAAGACGGGCAAUGACAUAACAUGGUGCCUGGACUUCUCCAGCAGUCUGGUACCGACAAACUUUGAUGGCAUGAUGUUUGCGCUUUUUGCAAGUGGAAACAUGCUUCCAUGGCCGUAUGAUGCCCCCGAGGUUGGAUUUAGCCAUGUGAAGGAAGUGUAUUACGAGGAGCAUUGGGAGGAUUAUCGGACCAGAUAA